AUGACUCGCGUAGGCGGCAUAUCGUGGACUGGCCAAACAUCACAGGCGCCACCCUUGAUCCGGCCAGUUGGUGAAACAAUAUUCCACACCCCUCCGCCGCCCCCGGAUCCAGGGUACAUAAGGAGAGAAGAGGUAGAGGAGAUGAUUAGGGCCGUGAACCAGAGGCCCAACUUGGAAGAGACCUAUCAGGGUCCCUUCCCACAACAUAUCUUGCAAGCUCAUUACCCCAGAGGGUACAAGACUAUCACGUUAUCUACCUUCUCAGGAGAAGAUGUCGAAAGCGCCAUGGCGCAUCUGAUAAAGUUUCGAGUACAGUGUGGCCAACACCAGAACGAUGACAUCUUGAAGUGCAAGAUAUUCGCGACUUCUUUGUCAGGGACCGCCUUCACCUGGUACACUAGAUUGCAGCCAGGGUCUAUCACGGACUGGCCGGUGAUGGAGAAGCUGUUCAGAGAAACUUUCAGAACCAUCGAACCCGAGGUAGAUCUAGCUUCGCUCACUCAGAUGGCUCAGCAGCCAACUGAAUCCGCCGUCGCAUAUCUCCAACGCUUCCAGAUCUAA